AUGUCGAAACAACCGGUACGGGUUGUGGCCGCCGUGCAGCCACCUCGAAUACCCACCGUCCAUGUGCCACCAAAUACUGGCAGAUCCUACAACGAAAUGGUAGACGUCGCCGAACGACAACGAAAACAGAUCGAAACGAAUAAAGUCGAAGAAGAAAGGAGAACACGAACGGUCGGUGGAGACGUCCGGGAAAGAUUGCAGCAAAGUAAACGGCAUGUGGCCGAGGGCGAAAUGGAGUUGAGCAGAAUACGGGAGCUGGAACGCGAGACCCGUGCACUAAGCCUUCGAAACGACGAGAACCAGCGAACCCUGAAUGGCCUUCAACAACAGAAGGAGAAUCACGAGCUGCAACUACGCCGAACCUGCGGACGUGUUUUUAAACUAAAACAAGAGAUCGAAGAGAUGCAGCGCCGUCAAGCGUUGGCUCGUUCGGAUGCGGCCCAGGUUAGCCGGGUUGUGCAAGCUCGUGUACAGAAUGAAGCCCCAAAAGUCGUUCGAGAAGACCAACAUCAAACUCGUCCGCGUGCCUCGGUGGAGCCGUUCAACGUGCAAGUCCCCUCCAAGCAACUGCCCGCUGAGGAAGUCAAGAAGCACAUCAGCGAUCGAAACGUUGAUGCUGAUCAGCAGUACAAUUCCCAUCUUGUCGUAUGCGCGCGCUCGGAUGACGGUUGCUCGACUUCAUCCUCUUCGACCGUUCCAUCCCCACCGGUGCCCUCGCGUGAACCUGCUCCGAGCCCUAGCCCUCCCAAAGAUCCUCAUCCGUCGAAUGCUGCGCCUCCUAUUCCACCUCCACCAUCCGUGCAUGACGUAGCCCUGCCAAUGACUUCGGCGAAAGCUUCCCUUACGGUCCAAAUGGGCUCUGUGCAUAUGCCAAACGGAGUAGCUCCUGGCGUCGUUGAGGCAUUGCUGCAGCAACCGUCAACUUCUUCCACAACGCCUUCGGGUGAUCCAAUGGAGGAGGCCCUUCGACUACGCCAAAGCAAAGCGGAUAUGGUUUCUUUGCGCCCGCACUCGCUACAAGCUGCUAAGAGAAGGUCGUGGGCUGCCUCAGAAUCCACUGUGACCGAAUCAGAGGGUGUGAUGCGUGCCCUAGUUGACGCGCAGAAGCGAGGGGUUACUCACUACGCUCAGGAAUCCGCUAUUUCUGUCACGCAGACGGAGAUCCCGCCUGUCGAUCUGGCUUCGUGCCCGCCGAUAGAAGAGGAAGAGACUGUAGGUGAAGUCGCCAAUGAAACUGAAGUCGAGCCGAGAAGUGAUGGUGAAGCGGAGGAAGCGGAAGACGAAGAUGAAGAGAAAACUCCAAAGCUGAAGGUCGUUCUUCUUCCUGCAAAGGCUGGACGCAGCAUUCUGCGACCGCGCGACAUGGUCAAGGCCAAGCGACCCGUAAGGUUCGAUCCACUUGUCUUGCUGCUCGAUGCGGCUCUCGAAGGCGAAAUGGACCUCGUGAUCACCUGCGCUGGUCUUCUUUCCGAUGUUUCCGCCGCCAACGACGAAGGCAUCACGGCUCUGCACAACGCUAUCUGCGCCGGUCAUUACGAAAUCGUUCGAUUCCUCAUUGAUCGGUUUGCUGAUGUCAACGCGCAGGAUUCUGACGGGUGGACCCCGCUCCACUGCGCCGCCUCGUGCAAUCACCUUCCAAUGGUCCGCCUGCUUAUCGAAAGCGGUGCCUGUCUUUUCGCCGCUACGCUCUCCGACCAGGAGACGCCCAUUGAGAAGUGCGAGGAGGACGAAGAUGGAUAUGAUGGUUGUCUCAAAUACAUGCUCUCGGCACUGAACGCGACUGGUUCGAUCAACGCGGGAAAGGUUUACGGCGCCUACACCUACAAAGCCAAGUUCCAUGAUGAGUUGUCGUUUGAGGCCGGGGACGAGUUGCGUGUACUCGCGAAGGAUGAGGAAGAGAAGAAUUGGUGGAGGUGCGAAAAAGUCUCACCGGAUGGCAAAAAGCGCGUCGGCAUCUGUCCUCGCACCUACAUUUCGUUGUACCCGCCGAUCAAGUUCCACGAAAGGCUCAAUUUCGCCCCGUUCCUGAUUCCGGUUGAGUCGAACAACAACCCCGACAAGAAC